AUGACAUCUAAGCGAGUUGCUUUCAAAGUCCACGGCACCGUACAAGGUGUUGGCUUCCGUGACUUUACCCAGAAAACUGCGAGAAGCAAUGAAUUGAAAGGAUGGGUCAGAAAUACUAUUUGUGGAAAAGUCGAGGGAGAGGUUCAGGGCGACGAAGAGACGGUCAAGAAACUUUUGACCCAGAUUAAUAAGGGACCUCGCUUCGCUCAUGUUGUGAAACUUGAGAAAAGGGAGAUUGAGCCAAUUCAGAGCGAAGGCGAUUUUUUGGUGAUGCGGACUUCUGAGUCUGCUUUCCACUCUGAAGACGUAUCGGAUGUUUGA